AACUUGGCGGCUAUACAACAGUGACAUUAAUUAAAAUGAUUAAAAUUAAAAGUCACACAUGCGCAUUUAGUGGUAACAUAAAAAGCUCUGGUGUCGCUGUUUUUCAUCUUGAAUGGUGACUUUGAAACUUUUAAGGUUAUAUUCGAUCAAGUUGUACAAUACUGUGUCUCGAAUAGUGUUAUCUCAUUUAUCAGUGCUAAUAAUUACAUAAAACUUAUUGGAUUAUUUAAAAAUUUAUUUUAAACAGAAGCCGAAUUCUGGCAAAUUAUUAUAAACUUAAAACAAUUAUAAAAGUGUAAUUGAAGAAAAAAAAAAAAAACAGGUCGAUAAUGUCGGCUCGAAACAUCCUUAGGAUAAUGUGGCAUAAUAGGAUGGCCAAUCUGGCCGUUUGACAAAUAAUUACGACAUUUAUUAAUUUAAUCUUAUAAUUUUUAUAUUAGUUUUGUUUUAUUAAUUUAUAAUGGUUAAAGAAAAGCCCAAUUCUACUCGUAUUUAUGAUUCUGAGGGCUACAGACGUAGAGCAGCGUGCAUUUGCGUCAAGAGCGACCUCGAGGAUGAGGUGCUGCUGGUGACAUCAAGCAGAAGACCCGAUAGUUGGAUAGUACCUGGAGGUGGUGUCGAGCCUGAUGAAGAUCCAGCUGUGACUGCUCUCCGCGAAGUGCGAGAAGAAGCUGGUGUCCUCGGACAUCUAGGACGAUGUCUUGGUGUCUUUGAGGUUCAUAAAAACAUUGAACAUAAACACCGUACCCAAGUCUGGGUGAUGCGAGUCACUGAAGAAUUACCAGAAUGGGAAGAUUCACGUAACAUUGGACGGAAAAGAAAAUGGUUUACAAUAUCUGACGCAUUGAUACAAUUGGCACAACACAAACCCGUCCAACGGUCAUAUAUUCACAGUCUACGUAAUACAAAUCCACGACGUGGUGCAUCAACAAACCCAACACCGCUUCAUCCUCAUUCUCUGCCUACUCCGAUUCAGCUUGUAACCAAUUCAACUUCUGAUCCUCAUCUCAGUAAACAUAGCUAAUGUUAAAAAAUUUUAAUUUUUCAUUUUAUAAUAUUAAUAUACUGAGUAUUUUGCAUCACAUCAUCAACAUCAGCAUCUCCAUCUAUAUCUGCAUCAUUAAUUAUCAUCAUAAAAACGCCUCUUUUGUACUGCGACGAUGUUGUACUGCAGUGACAACGAUAACUCUAUCACUUGUAUUUUAUAUAUUGAAAAAAAAAACAAAAAAAAAAAAAAAAUAACAAAAAAAAAAUGAUGAAAAAAAGAAGGAAAGAAAAAAUAAUUAUUAACUGUCAUAAUUACUUACUAUUCAUUUAUGCAGAACGCUAGAAAAAAAAAAAAAAGAAUAAAGACCAAAAGUUAAAGAAGAAAUAAAAAAUUGUAUUAAACUCCCAGCUAGGAGAUUAAUUAUUAUACAUUAAUAAAGAGAAAUUUAUAUGCUAAUGUACAUGUUUUUAUAAUUACUAUUAGUAAGUAUCUAAUUAUUUGAAAGCUGAUUUUUUUUUUAAGUGUAAGGUAAAAGACCUACUAUCCGAUUACUUCAUGUAUUUGUAUAGAUAGAUAUAUAUCGUAAAAUUUAGUAAAUAUAGAUAUACAAAUACAUGAGUGAUCGGGUACUGGGUCUCUUACCUAAUAUACCUAUAGGUAUAUAUAUUGGGCGUGUUCGGUCGAACUAAGUCCUGAGUAAACUUAGUAAGAUUUUAUAUAGUAAAAGCAUAUUUACUAUAUGAAAUCUUACUAAGUCCUUAGUAAAUUUGCUCAGGACUUAGGUCGGCCGAACAUGCCCAUUAUUAGGAUUUAGGCAAUCCCAUAUCCGGUCAACUGAGUCGAAUUCAAAUUCAAAUUCAAAUUCAAAUCAAAUUCAUUUUUUAAACCAGAACAAAUCCAAAGGUCGGCGAUGAAUGAUACUGAAGUUAGCCAACGUCUAAUAAUUUUUUAUUUUUUUUUUAAACAAUAAAUUAUAAAAAAAAAAUAUUGGAAAAAAUUGCACCUAUAGCUUUUAAAAUUUUCUACAUGGGCAUAUUUUUAGUUUUUAUUUUUUUGUAAUUGAUUUGUUGAAAAAAAAAAUCCAAAAAUUGUUCAUUGUCUGUUAGCGCCAGGAUCAUCGGCGAUGAGAUGAAUCUCAGGACCAAAAGACUUCACACUUUAUGUAUUUAAUUAUUAAGAUCAUACAUGUUAGGUAUAAAUAAAGAAAAAACCAUAAAACUUCUAUAUUUUAUUGACAUCAACUGGCUGUUAGCUGCGUCGCGGAUCUCCUCUAUCUGUAAAUUAAAAUUAAUGUUCUAUUUUUGUUCUGGCUGAUAAAAGACUGCGUGAAUUGUUGUCUAAACGAGGUCUAUUUAAUUAUUGUCAUUAAGUGGUAAAAACCACUGUUCCAUUCUGACUGAGUUUUGAACCCAUGCCUAGCCAGUAAUCAAGUUCGAGAGGCAGAGGCGAUAAUUGAUUAUAUUUCAAAGUGCUGACACCUAUUUUCAAAUUUAUUUAAAGAAACAGUACCAACUCGUGACGCGUGACUCAAUUUCAGUCAGGCAUCAUACGAAACACGUGUAUUUUUAUAAACACGUGAUAAAAACAAUUAACAAUUUUAUUGUUCGAGUGUUGAAAUAUUGUGUAUUGGCACAAUAAAUCUAUAAAUAAUUUAGUGAAUAAAUUAGUUUUUUUUUUUAAUAUUUGAAUUUUCAUAAAAAUAUAUGAAAUAGUAUUUUAAAUUGGAGGUUAG